AUGUUGUCGCACUCGUACUUUCUGGCGUGCUUUAUCACCCUCAACUUCCUCUCGAACUGGGGUAGAGCUGCUCCGGUGUACGAAGAGGAUCUCCAUGUUUCCAACAGCUUCACCUCCUUCCUCGACGGCAAAUGUCAAGCUCCCAAAUUACCUGGCAUUGACCCACUUUCUGGUUGUCCUAAAGACACCAUUUUCGUGAGUCAAAAACAUCCUUCUGCCAGGUACAGAACCAUCAAUUCGGUCUUGAAUGCUCUCCCAGAUGAUGGAACUUUAAAGAAUAUCUUGAUCGACGAAGGUAUUUACCAUGAGAAGGUUAUUGUAAGGCGAAUCAGCCCCACUAUCUUUGCUGGAGUGACGCCCAACAAUCGCGACCCGAGCGCGAACCGCGUUCAAGUAUGGCAGUCGUCCUACGUCAAUCAGAGUGAUCCAAUCAGCACGAUGCACAAUUGUGAUGCUGUUGUUUUGGGCAUCGGCACUGGUGCUGCAGCCAGCAGCUCGGACUUCAAGGCCUACAACAUCAACUUUGUCCAGCGUCAAUUCUUCAAGGGUCAGGAGGUGACACAGUACCAGCUCGGCCCGGCUGCGGCGCUCUGCGUUCAUAACUCAAAUGCUUCAUUCUAUGGAUGCGGAUUCUCGAGUUUUCAAGACACGAUCUACGUUGGCCUGCGCUCGCAAGCCUUCUUCUUCAAAUCCACCGUCAAAGGCAUGACUGACCAGCUCUAUGGCCAGGGCAAAGCAUGGCUCGAACAGGUCUCUCUCCUUUCCCGAGGUUGUGGUGGAGGCAUCACCGCAUGGCGUGGCGAUCCCGUAGAUCCCCUUGUCGGCGUUUAUAUCAGCAAUUCAAACAUUAAUCGCUCUCCCGAUGCAUCCACGCUCAAACCCAUGGAGAAGGCAUGCUAUCUCGGACGACCCUGGAACGUCUACAGCCACUCGACUUACUUAAACACUUACAUGUCAAACAUCAUUGCCGACGCAGGAUUCAAAGUCUGGUCCAAGAGGCAGAGCAACUUUGACCCCAGGCUGACGAGGUUUGCUGAGUACAGGUCAUCUGGACCAGGUGGAUACAUGGGGAACAGGGACUACCCCUUGAAGAGGGCACUGACCGACAAGGAGGCCAAAGGCAUCACGUACAAGAAGGUCUUUGGUGGCUCGACGCCUUGGAUUGACUCGAAGACGAUGAAGAAUUGGUGA